UGCCAUUCAGUGCGAGCCUAUAAAGGCGUGGUGUGGACGACCGGCGGCGCCAGUGGUGAGCCUCCCCGAACACAGCCGUCAUGAGGAGCUCCACGUCGCUGCUGUGGCUGCUGGGCGCUGCAGUGCUCGCCGUCAGAGCCGAGCACCAUGACGGCCUGUUCAGUUUCGGCGGCCUCGAGUCGCUGCGGGACCCCGAGUGCGUGCCCGAGUCGUACCGCCUGCCGGAGCGGAUCAGCGCCAUCGCCGACGAGUGCAUGCGCCGCGUGGAGCAGGCCUUCGAGUCGCAGGACGACCUGGACAGACUCAGCGCCGAGCUGGCCGUCCUGAACGACCCGAAGAACCAGGCGCGCAAUAUCGGCGGCUCGGUGCGCCGGUUCCAGCUCGGCAUCCGCGACUGUAUGGCCGAGAGCAUGGGCGUGGUAGACGACGCCGGAGAGUUCGUCGAACAGAGGCUGGAGGAGGAGAUCUCGGCGCUGGGCUUCCCGGCGCCGUUCGAGCGGGACGUGCAGGCGGCGUCGCGCGCCUGUCUGCACCACACGCCGGCCGACCUGAGCGUCGAGCAGCGCCAGAACUUCUACUACGUGUGCCGCGACUCGCUGCUCGAGAGCAGCUGCAUGUACAAACGGCUGGCGCGCGACGACCCCGACCGCGCCCUCGACAUCGGCAUCCAGCAGACCGAGUGUCUGGAGAACCUGAAGCCAACGCCCACGAUCGUGUCGGCCAUGGACGAGUGUCGGGACGCUCACGAGGUGCCCGUCCAGUACGCCACGCUGCGGCGGCGGCGCAGUGUCCCCGACGCCGGCGCCGAGCCUCUGGAGGGCUCCGGCGAGACUGAGGAGGCGGCCGAGAAGCCGGCGUCGGUCACCGAGCGAGUGCACCGGUUCAUCUACUGCGUGUUCGACACGAUCGGCGCGCUGCGCCAGGACGGACAGCUGGACGUGACGCCGCUCAUCGAGCAGCUCAAGCAGUUCGAGGGAGACGAGAGGGCUGUGAAGCUGCAGGUCGACGCUGCCACCCACUGCCAGGACAAGACUUCGAUCGAGGAGUACAACAUGUGCUACUACGACGACGUAUCAGCAGGCUGCCACAUCUUCAAAGUUCAGCAGGCCUUCCUAGCAGGUGACCCCGCGCUGCUGCCGGAGUACUAGCCUGUGCUACCGGAGGACAUCGUUACCUGCAGCACGUUCACGCGCUCACCUAUAUUGGCGCUGAGAGAGACAGCUGAAGACCGACUCCGACCGUCACCAGGACGUGGCCCGGGUCAACAGGGGUCACCGUCUCCUCCCAAACUGACCAGCCGAUCUUGGUGGCCGCCCAAGUGUGAUUACUACUAGUAUUCUGAGGUUGUUAUCCGGAGCGCUGUUGCCCCGGAGUAGAUAGUGGCAUUUAUUAUAUGAUAAUUGUGGGUAAGCGUUGUGAAGGAGAGGCUACGAGAAAUAUACAUUCCUAAUGCUCGUGUCACCCUUGUGAUGGAAUAAAAUGAAAU